AUGUUUGAGAUAGUUCUCUUGUUGUCCGUGGUUCUUCUUCAAGAAACAGCUCUUGCUGCUGGUCAAAUUUGCCCAGAGAUCGUUAAGUGUCCACCAAAGACGUUGGCAAGUGGAGACAUUGUACAAUCAGAAUUAAUGGAAGUCAAAACUUCGGCCAUACCAAGUGGGUUCAAUUUUCCUCCUGUUCAAUCAAAAGGAUUCUACUGUGCAGGAGGAAGCGUCCCCCUCCAGAGGACGAGUUUCCUGGAGGAUAGCUCCCCUGAUCAUAUCCCCAAGAUGACAACUUACACCAAAGAAUACAAUUCUCUUGGGGGACAACUCCCCCGAAUACAACUCACACCGAGUACAACUCCGACAUCUCCCCCAUACCCAUUCUUACGGUCUUUAAGACUUGUCGGUGGUAAUGAAACUGAGGGAAGAUUAGUUGUCACAUCUCAAGCUGACCCAACAACUGAUUUGCUCGUUCAUCAGCGAGAUUGGCCAAAGGAUGCAUCGCGGUUCGUCUGCAGGUAUCUAGGAUAUGAAGGUGCAUAUGCAACAGUAGGAGGAGAUCUCUUUGAGAUAUCAUCCUCAUCUAAUAAUUCUUAUGAUGCUGUGUCUCUAGGAUGUCCAGCUAAUAUGGAUAACAUUACUCGCUGCUGGUAUAAGCGUAUGGAACGGAAGAUCCGUUUGGACAAGAGUAUUGCUAUUGUUUGUUGUACAUCGUACAUGUGCAACACACCCCGUGGUAGUCCUCUAGGUCUAGAAAGCGGUAAAAUACAUGAUGAUGCUAUUUCAGUUUCAAGUGAGUGGAGCGAGACCACUGUGGACAAAAAUAAAGCUCGUCUUAAUGGUUACUCUGCGUGGCGCCCUAACAUAACCCACGACGCUGACCCCUGGCUACAGGUUGCCUUUGAUUCCGCUUUUAUCAUCACAACUAUCAUAACACAAGGCAGACCAGUAUUUGAAAGACAGUGGACGACCGCAUACAAAGCGUCCUACAGUAUGGACGGAACGUCAUGGGCCUUCUACCAAGACACUUCUGCUAAUACAGACAAGGUCUUCUCAGGAAAUUACGACGGUGAGAGUCAAGUAGAACACAGCUUCUCUGCACCCAUCGUAUGUAGAUACUUUCGUAUCCAUCUGCUAAAGAGCUUGGGUUAUAAGAGCCUCAGGUUAGAACUCACCGGGUACGGUCCCAUCAAUGAAUUAUUAGCUGCUAUGAACCAAGAGGAAUCUGGAUGUUCACAUCCCCUGAGAGGAAGUAAAAUGGGAGUGGAAGAUGGGCAAAUCCCAGAUUCUAGGCUUACUUCUUCAUCGUAUCAAAUUCUUGGUGGAUUCCUUUUUCUAGCGCAAAAUGGAAGAUUGAACGGCGGAAUGGAUUCUAAUAGGAAAGCUGGCUGGCUAGCCGUUGAUGACGACCAAGACAAAUGGGUGAUGAUAGAUGUUGGUCAAACCUCUCUCAUCACCGGUAUUAUUGUACAAGGGCGACACAUGGAACAUCAAUGGGUAACGUCUUUGAAAGUGUCCUAUUCCCUUGAUGAUUAUAUAUGGACAUUCGUUUUGGAACCACAAUGCGAUCAACAAAUCUUUCCUGCAAACUACGAUAAUGACACUCCUGUGACUAUUGUGUUCAACCAGCCACUCACUGCUCGCUACGUCAGAAUUCACCCACUCACAUGGAAGAGUGUCUGCGGCAUGAGAUAUGAAGUCCUUGGUAUACGAGAUUAGGAUAAUUUCAAUAGCUAAAAUAUUUACAAAAAAGGGUCGCUUUUUA